UAUAUGUUCAUCUUUAAUCGGACAUUGUGCAUUAAAAAACCCGACCACACAAAUCCCUGGGCACCUUUGUGUUUUUUUGACACUGUUUUAUGUCAAUAAAGUUAUUUCAAACAAACACGCUGACGUCAUUUUGCAAUGGCAGCCAGCAGCACAGCGGUGUCAGUUCUUGCUCCAAAUGGACGAAGACAGACCGUAAAAGUCUCCCAAAACACACCCCUACUUCAGGUUCUCGAGGAAGUGUGCAAGAAACAAGGGUUUAAUCCAGAUGAGCAUGGACUGAAGUUUCAGAGGAAUGUGCUGGAUCUGACGGUGCAAUGGAGGUUUGCCAGCCUGCCAAACAAUGCCAAGUUGGAGAUAGUGCCAAGCACCAGCCAGCGUGGAGGGGCAGAUAGCACGGUCCGGAUUGCACUACAAUUAGAGGAUGGAUCUCGUCUGCAGGGUUCUUUCCCUAGUGGCCACAGCCUAUGGGAUCUGCUCAGCCACUUCCCCCAAACCAGAAUAUCCAAACUGGAGGUGCCAGGAGCCACACCAGUCUGUGUUUACAUGAGAGAUGAGGUCAGUGGAGAAGAGGCUCUUAAGAGGACCACUCUGAGGUCUCUAGGCCUAACUGGUGGCAGUGCCAUACUGAGAUAUGUACUGAAAGCAAGUAACACUCCAGGGAACAAUGAGCCCAUGGAGACAGGUGCAACCCUAACUGGCACAGCUGCCCCUGCACCCCGGCUUUCUCCUGCUGUUAAGACCAUGCCUGAUGAACCCGAGCAUGCCCCAGUACCUGCGGAAUCCCCUAGUCCUCCUUCUCAAAACCCCAAAGAUGCUGCCCAAAUGUGCCAAGCACUCCCUGUACAACAGGAACAGGUAGACCUCUCUCGAGACCAGCAGCAAGUUGUGCGGCCCAAAAUCAAGCAAGUUGCUAUUCAGAUGCCUCAGGAAGCCAGUUCUGUGCCACAGGUGGACGAGGAGCAAGCAGGUCCGUCCCUCAAAUAUCAUUCCCACUCAGUUACGGCCAGCAACUUUGUGCCUUUCUCUGGUGGUGGGCAAAGGCUUGGAGGACCUGGAGGUGAUGAACAGAGAGCCUGCCCUUCACCGGCAUCAUCGUCUUCCUCACCACUCUCCAGUGGGCCUCCAAAAGCCAAGAAGGCCAAACCAAGUCAUGAAGUCCAGCAAUCUUCUAGUGCCACAUGCAAAGGAAAGGACUCGGAGGAUACAGAGGAAUAUCUGGAGCCGGUGGACAGGGAACCGCUUGUCUUCCACCUGGACACAGCAGCACAGCGGCAAUGUGAUGACAAGGAGCUGCCAGACGAGUUCUUUGAGGUGACGGUGGACGAUGUGAGGAAGAGGUUCUCACAGCUGAAGAGCGAGAGGAGGGAGUUGGAGGAGGCCCCUCUGAUGACACAGUCUUUGAGGGAAGCUCUGAAGAAGGAGAAAAUAAAUAGAUAUCCCAAGGUCGUGCUGAGAGUUCAGUUCCCUGACAGACGAGUCCUCCAAGGGUUUUUUAGACCGCUAGAAACAGUUGCUCUUCUGAAUCAGUUUGUAAGGACUCAUCUACAGGAUCCUGAUCUCCCCUUUUACCUGUUCAUUGCACCUCCGAAAACCAAGCUGGACGACCCCAGUGUUACUCUGUUUCAGGCCAACCUCUUCCCUGCUGCUCUCGUGUACUUUGGCUCGGACGUGAAGACAGAAUGCUAUUUGCGCAAUGAUCAUGUGGACAGCAGUGUCUCUGCCCUGCAGGCCGAUGAGCUCAUCGCUGGCUGUAUGCCCAGGUCUCCAGCUUCAUCCUCCAGUUCACUGCCCCUUGAGGACGCUCUCCCUCUGCAAAGCGAGUCUAACGGAGCUCCCAGGAGCCAGGUGAACCUUGAGGACCACAGUGAUGAGGAAAGUCAAGCACCUAAACUGGUUCGCACAGACCCUGCAAAGGUGCCCAAGUGGCUCAAGCUGGCAGGAAAGAAGUAAUGAUCAUGGAGUCACUAACUGGUUAAGGAGAGGACUGGAGACUGGCUAACUCAGAAGGCGACUCGUCUGAAGGCCCUUGAUGAUGUCAAUAACAAAAACAAGAUGUUCAAAGCCCAUAGCUGCCAAUGCCAUUAGAUCCAGCCCUAUAGAUCUUUGGUGAUUAAUGAGAUGCUGUGUUCAUUAAAGCUGAGAUGUCAGUUGCCAGUGA